AUGAAAUCCCCUAAACUCUCUAUAACAUUUAUCUCCACCUUCAUCUUCCAUUCCCUCAUCCUCCUCCGGCGGUCCGCCGCCACCACCACCACCAACUCUGCCGUUUUCCGGGAAUACAUCGGAGCCGAGUUCAAAAACGUCAAAUUUUCCGACGUCCCGAUAAACCCAGGAGUCGAGUUCCACUUCAUCCUCUCGUUCGCCAUCGACUACACCACAAACUUGUCCUAUAACCCUUCGCCCACCAACGGCAAGUUCAACAUAUUUUGGGACUCGGAAAACCUCACUCCCGAUCGAGUCUCGGCCGUCAUAAAAAAACACCCGAACGUCAAAGUCGCCGUUAGCUUAGGUGGAGACAGCGUAGGCAAAGGGUUCGCCUAUUUCAAGCCACGAAAAAGAAGUUCGUGGCUUUCGAAUGCUGUCUCCACCUUAACAACCAUAAUCGAAGAGUACAACCUUAGCGGAAUCGACAUAGAUUACGAGCACUUCAACUCAACUCCCGAAACGUUUGCGUAUUGCGUAGGGGAGCUCGUCUCGGAGCUCAAGAGAAACGGGAAGAUUUCUUUCGCGUCCAUAGCUCCUUUCGACGACCCGGAAGUUCAAAAGUAUUACACGACUCUUUGGGAAAAAUAUGGGCACGUGAUAGACUACGUGAACUUCCAAUUCUACGCGUACGAUAACCAUACGAGCGUUUCGCAGUUUGUUCAAUAUUUCGAUAAGCAGAGGAUGACAUAUACUGGCGGGAAAGUCUUGACGAGCUUUAUCAGCGACGGGAGUCGUGGAUUGAUUCCGAGUAAAGGGUUUUUCGAAGCUUGCAAGAAGAUCAAGAAAAGGGGAGAGCUUUAUGGGAUAUUUGUUUGGUGUGCAGAUGAUUCAAAGAAGUUAAGGUUCAAAUAUGAGAUUGAGUCACAAAAACUGCUAGCAAGUCCAUGA